CUUGGAUUCUCUCGUCCAUUUAUCUUUCCCCGACCCGUUCCACCCUACUUUGUUCCCCUCUACGACAAUUGGCCUCGGAAGUACGCGCAACCUUUCGAUAUUCCCAGAGUUACGAUCUCUUUAGAGCUUCCACUAUGACGGGUGCAGGAUGGUUGUUCCUCUUCUCUGUGCUCAUGGCCGCAGGUCUACUGUUUACGAUGGUCUUUUUUAUCAUCAUGUUCUCCGACCUCGAAUGCGACUACAUAAAUCCAAUUGACCUCUGCAAUAAGCUCAAUCAAUUUGUCCUACCAGAGCAUAUUGCGCACGCGUUCCUGACGCUUCUCUUCCUGCUCUCGGGGCAAUGGAUAGCGUUCCUGCUCAAUGCACCUUUAUUGGCAUACAAUGUUAACAAGAUCCGGCUAGGAAACCAUAUGUAUGACGCUACGGAAAUCUUCCGCACAUUACCCAACCAUAAGAAGGAGAGCUUCAUCAAGCUCGGAUUCUACCUGCUGAGCUUCUUCUACUACCUUUACCGAAUGAUCCUCGCACUUAUCGCCGAAGGUGAAUAAGCCAAAUGUCCUUAGGGCUGACACUGGCACUGUCAGGGCAAGACGCUGUUGCUCGUCCAACAUACUCCCUCGAGCCGUAGGCACACGACGAGGAUGAUAUUCACCAGACAUCAGGUCCUGCACCUGCGACGCAAGGGGGAGUUUGGGCCCUUGAGCGGACGUUUACGAUCUAUUAGAAUCAUCUGUCGCGCACUCUCGAUGUUUUCUGGUUCCUGCAUGUCUUCGCAGUGUCUGUUUUACGUUACUGAAUACGGAGUUGGCUGUCUGUUGUGCAAUGC